CAAAAUUAUCUUCCAGAGAAAAAAACAUAACAGCCAUGGCUUCACAAUGGACAAUACCAAAGCUUGUCACUUGGAGAGUCAAAGAUUGGGCUUCCUGUUUCUUGGCUUGCAAGAUUCCUCUAGACGUAGAUGAAGAUGGAGUUAACAAUAGUGGAAACUCGACGAACAACAAUAAUUUAUUGUUCAAGAGGACAAAGAGGAAGAUGAAGAGUAAGAAGAAGAUAUCAGAGAGGAAACUCAGUCUAAGCCCACCAGGGUCACGUCAUCAUCUUCAUCUAAGAAGCAGCAGCGUUUCUCCGACGUCGGCGUCUCAACACCGGCGGUUGAGCUGGCCACAGCCACCGGUUUUAGACGAAGCUGGAUUCAUUGUCUUCUGCUUCGACCGCGAAGACGGAGGCUUCGAUGUUGUGAAAGAGGAGAAAAAAGAGGUGGAAUUGUCGCCGGAAAAGUCACCGAGGACGGUGAAUCGUAAGCUUAUUUAUGGAGAUCAAGGGGUAGGAAAAACAGAGAAGAAUAACUCCCCCGAGAUUAAAGAACAAGAUCAGGACGAUAAGACUACAUGCCAAGCAACUGAAGAUGUCUCUUGUGAUGUUCAUGAGAACGAGGAAGAAGAAGAAGAGACUAACGCCUCUGAUAAAUCUAGCGGGUCUAAUCACUCAGAUGAAGGAAGGGGAUCUUUUGCAUUUCCAAUAUUGGGAGUUGAGUGGAUGGGGAGCCCUGUUCGGAUGCCUAAUUCAGACGACUUGUCUCCCAAGAAACAAAAGCCGAUUGCAUUAGGGUUCCAGUGCUGUAGAUUCUGAAAAUGAGAAACACUCUAGAUUCUAGAAGCUUAUGAGAUUUUUUGUACUACUCUGUUUCUGAGUAAAGUAACACUUUGAAAGGACAGAUAAUCAACAAUCUCGAUUUAGACAAGAACUAAAACGAAGAAACGAUUUCUUGAU